ACGUCAUGCUGCGUAUGGGACAGGGCAGGCUCCACUUUCCAACUCCUCCAGGCUGGAGUAGUUAGUUAGCAAACAGCAGGCACUGGGCAGGCAGCCUGCUCUUUCUGCAUCAUAACACUUUGCACACAUCUCUUUCUGCAUGGUGGAUAUUAUUUUUCAUUAUCCUUUUCUGGGUGCUAUGGGGGAUCAUUCCAAGAAAAAGCCCGGAAUUGCCAUGUGUGUGGGCUGUGGGAGUCAGAUCCAUGACCAGUACAUCCUGAAGGUCUCCCCGGACCUCGAGUGGCAUGCAGCAUGUCUCAAAUGCGCUGAAUGCAGCCAGUACUUGGAUGAAACCUGCACUUGUUUUGUGAGAGAUGGCAAGACAUACUGUAAAAGGGAUUAUAUCAGGUUAUUCGGCAUAAAGUGUGCAAAGUGCAAGGUGGGAUUCAGCAGCAGUGAUCUGGUGAUGAGAGCCCGGGAGAACGUGUAUCACAUCGAAUGUUUCCGCUGCUCUGUCUGCAGCCGCCAGCUCCUGCCCGGGGAUGAGUUCUCUCUACGGGACCACGAGCUGCUCUGUCGGGCCGACCACGGCCUUCUGCUGGACAGGAGCUCGGCGGAGAGUCCCAGGAGCCCCGGCCAUUUACAGAGCACCAGAGGCCUGCAUCUAUCAGACUCCGUGCCCGGCCGCCAGCCCUCUCUCCGGCCCCACGUGCACAAGCAGACGGAGAAGACCACCCGCGUCCGGACGGUGCUGAACGAGAAGCAGCUGCACACGCUGCGGACCUGCUACGCGGCCAACCCGCGGCCGGACGCGCUGAUGAAGGAGCAGCUGGUGGAGAUGACCGGCCUGAGCCCCAGAGUGAUCCGGGUCUGGUUCCAGAACAAGCGCUGCAAGGACAAGAAGAAAUCCAUCCUGAUGAAGCAGCUGCAGCAGCAGCAGCACAGCGACAAGACAAGUCUGCAGGGCCUGACCGGGACCCCCCUGGUGGCCGGGAGCCCCAUCCGCCAUGAGAGCGCCGUGCAGGGCAACGCCGUGGAGGUCCAGACCUACCAGCCCCCGUGGAAAGCGCUCAGUGAAUUCGCACUGCAGAGCGACCUGGACCAACCUGCCUUCCAGCAGCUGGUAUCCUUUUCGGAAUCUGGCUCAUUGGGUAACUCUUCUGGCAGCGAUGUGACCUCCUUGUCUUCCCAGUUACCUGACACCCCCAACAGCAUGGUACCCAGUCCUGUGGAAACGUGAGACCAGCACACCCCCCCAGCGGAUUUGGACUUUCGCAUGCUCCUGCUCCCUGCAUGAGACAAGCCCAGCCUCAGGCUGGUCCAGAGCUCCAAACAAAACUUUUUAUAAAAAUAUUAUUUAAAAACAAACAAAAAUAUGUCUUGACUGCCAAAAAGCACCAGGAUUCUAGCUGCCUUCACCAGACUGGAGAGAAUCCCCCCCCCCCCCCGCUUAUUUUUUUCCUUGCGGAUUUUUUGUUCUCCCCAGAGGAAACGUGGAUUUACUAAAAUUAGCCCCCAAAUCACGUACUGUAUAAUGGUAGUUUGUACAUUUUUUGUUUCGUUUUCCUUUUUGGAAGAAAAAAGGAUCUUUUGUGUCCUAAGACUGUUGGAAGCCACUUAAAUCAUCUCAGCUCGAUGUUGUCUUUUGAGUAGUCAUCUCCAUCCCAGUGUCUCACAGCACCACAUGAGUGAGAUCAUUCCAUACUCCGCAUUAUCCCUGACUUGAGAACCUUGUCCUGUUUUGGGUGGGGGGAAAGGAACCCCUCCCAAGCCGCAUGAUUGCUGGAAAACAUAUAUAUGGAAAUGAGACUUUUAUUGAAAAUGUUAAGUUAUCUUGUGGACGGAGGACAGAUUGUUUGAGCCUAUAAAGAACAAAAGUAAGUUAUUGUUAUUUAUUGUCAGAGCAGCAGUUAAUAGUGGGAUUAAUAUUUUGAUUUUAAUAAAAAAAUAACCUCAUUGAAAAGUGCUGCAACAUGUGUGUGUUGUUAACCAGCUCUGUCGGGUGAAGAAUAAAGAGACACCAAGGGUGAAAAUUCUGCGAAAAUAAUUCUGAGGGGCCAUCCUUGAAAACAAAUCUGCAGCUCGAAAUUACCAUCCGGAAUCAAAAUGGUCAAACUAGAAACAAGAUAGAUAAAUGACCUAUUCUGCCAUGGUAUCAGAGGCUUUAAAGAAAUACACGAAGCAGCAGGAAUCCGUGUUGCUAACGAGCUCCCAGUAAUAUUGAGCUAAUCAAACUAGCCACGUUCAUCGAACGGCAUUAUUUAUAACUGUUUUGUUAUCAAUUUAUAUUAAAAAACACCCUAGUUUGGAUUUUGAUUGAGAUUAAAAGGAAAAGCUGAAUUCCCCCCCCUCAAUGAUUGUAUAAUGUAAUCGAUUUGCCUUCCUGAAUCAUGGCACUACCUGUUAAAGCAUCCUGUCUGCUAUUACAGGGUAUUUUUAAAUUAGAAAAUAAAAUUAUUUCCAGUUUCAAUUUGAACCACUUUUCAAAACUCCAGUGC